GGCUGUAUUUCAGUCCAAGAUGUUGUUGUGGACCCGAUCCAUCAAUUCUGGAGUCAUUAUAAAAUGGAUAACAUGUGAGGAAUGAGGGCAGCACAGACACUGAUACUGAAGGACAAACUGUGAACAAAAACAAUAAAAGCUAACGAUCUGCUGUCGUUUUCAACUCACGCUGGCGAGCCAAUAACUCUGACAAAUACGUGCCAUGCUACAAAGAUAGGAGCGAUUUUUCACAUCUUUAUUUAAAGGUUAUUCUCUGACCAUAUUAGUCAAUUUCUCACCCCUGUCAGCUUGGAUUGUUCUUCAAAGUGAAAAUAAUCAAAAUCCUCCUAAUCAAUUCUCGCUGCACUGUUAAAAAUCAAUGCCCUAUAUAUUUUCAUCAGUAUUGAUGAGUCCCGGGCUGGUACUGGUCUGCAUUAAUGUGUAUCAAGUCAAUUUCAGAUUUUUUGGAAGCUGAAGAUGCCCUUAUGGGUGACUCACUUGGCCUCCAUGUUGGAUAAAUCGACGUGGAGCAGCGCUCAGUCAAUGAUUUCCGGGGAAACAUCCUCUGAGAGUUCUUCUCUCUCUGUGUGAAGGCAGCGUAGCUGGAUUAUAAUUUCUUAGGGCUUUAUUCCCACCUUUAAUUACUCCUUAAUCUGAUUCCAGUGCUACCUGGCGCCCUCCUCCUCCUCCUCCUCCUCCUGGUGAGUAGUGGUGUGGUCCACAGGGAGCUCAUCAUCACUUUAGAACGCACCAGAGACUUGGCACAAAAGGAGCCGCUCGCAGGCUAACGCAGGGACUGUCUCUUAUUACACAAGGGGGGGAACACACUUUUUGCAGUGUCUCGGAGACUCAGGACAAGCAUGGGCCGUAGACCCCCGUACUGACAUUCAGGGAACGAUCCAAUGAUGUGGAGGUGGUCAUAACGCACCGCAGCUGCGUAAAACUGGGUGUCCGUCCUGACAUUUGAAAGAUAGUUCCUUAUUUUUUUGAUCGGUUUUAAGCCAGAAUAUUCACAUGACGCAAAGUUUCACUUGGAGCCCAGGUUUCGUGGUGCUGAUACUGUGCGCCUGGCUGCUGAAGUCGAGAGUCUGUUUGCCGGAAACUCGCAGGGAAACAUGAACGGCUCUUUCUUCGACGUGACUCAGGGCGCACUUUUCAACGGGAGUCAAACCCUCGCCGAAACUUUGGCCACGUACUCUGGCAACGGCACAAACGAUGUGGUGACCGCAGAUGGCGGAGGGUCCCUGGUGCUGCUGCAGGAGGAGCGCAAACUCUUUGUCAUGCGUGUGGUGCAAAUAGCGGUGCUGUGUGUGCUCUCCCUCACGGUUAUGUUCGGCAUCUUCUUCCUCGGCUGCAACCUGAUGAUCAAAUCGGAGAGCAUGAUAAACUUCCUGGUGAAGGAACGCAGACCCUCCAAAGACGUGGACACGGUCAUGAUCGGACUCGGUUAGAUGUAGGAUGCCUCGCUACCGUGGACAGUUGGAGCGGAGAUCGAGUAACGGGAAAAUCCUGGUGCGCAUUUUUCCCCGGCGCAGGUCUAGACCUGCAUCUGCAUGUGUACUUCAUAGACGCCCUCUUUAUGUCCUGGUGAGGAUAGAUAUGCAAAAACUUCACAUUUGCUUCCGACAUUAAAAAGAGAGAAAACGCCAGGAACUGUACUUCUGACCCCGAUGUUGGUGCGUAAAAGUUGUGCGUAAAGAUGGGCAAUUGUUUACACGUGGGGCGAUAUGUUGAAUGUUUGGAGUGCUUUAUAUUUCUAAAAGAUUGCCAACUUGAACAAAGAUGUUUACAAGAUUUUACCUCAACUUCUUUUUCUUUAGAUAACUGUUAAUGGGUGUCUCCAGAACCGUCAAACGCAUGAUUGUGUUUCCUCAGAUCCAGGCGUUAGCUGCUGUGUUCCGUGGACUUAGUGGAUACGUGGGUCACUGAAGUAUUUUCUUGUUUGGUUAAAUAUUGUACAAAUCCUGAAAUCUUGCACGUUUUUCCAACAAACUCCGUCUGUGCUUAUUGGAGUGUUUACUGGUCCUUCUUGGCAUGCUCGCUGACUGAUCUGUGAAGUGAUCUUUGGAGCCGUUUUGCACUUUUGAAACCACUUGAUGCUGCAUGGAUUAUUUUGUACCAAAUAAUUAUAUGAACAUGAAAUAAAAAAAUAACUUUACGAUGCAAUUAAACACUGAAUCCCUCCGCUCUCUGUCGUGUUGUUACGUUGUUAAAAUCUCUCGUUUUAAUUAGAACAUAUUUUUUUAAUUUUGUUCAGAUGUUUUAGUUUUCUUC